UAACUAAGAAGAUGGAAAAAGAUGGAUCAUCAAGUAAAGAAAGAGGAGGAUCACAUUCUUUUAUGGAGAUGAUAGAAAAGGCUAGACUUCGGGAAGCAACGAGAGCAUAUGCGAAGAUGCAAAAAGACCGAUCAUCAACAAGUAAAGCAAGAGCAUCAUCACAUUCUCUAGAGAUCAAGGAAAAGGCUCUACUUGGUGAAGCAAGAAGAGCAUCAGUGAAGAUGGAAAAAGACGGAUCAUCGGCAAGUAAAGCAAGAGCAGCAUCACAAUCUUUGUUUGAGUUGAUGGGAAAGCCCAAACUUGGUGAACCAUCAAAAAUCUUGUGUCUCCUCUGCAUGAAAAGCAUGGAGAGUGAGGAGACGUACAGAAAUAGCUCAUGUUCUCACUCGUAUUGUAUUAAAUGCAUAAGCAUGUAUGUUCCACUUAGGAUAGUCCUAAACAAGGGCACGAGUAGUAUGUUUAGAUGCCCGGCUUAUAAAUGUAAAGCUAUUCUAGAACUUAGCCCUGGAAUUGUCCCCGGACCUGUAUUCCAAAGAUGGAAUGCAGCAAAGUAUGAAGCACUCCAUAUUGAAUCCAAAAAAAACCAGAGUCCUUUUGAGGACUGCAACAAGGGAGGAGUCAGCAGAGAGAGUGAGUAUCCAUGGAAUUCCCAUAAGGAUCAGCUCCGGGUACUGGGAGAAUCUGGUAAAAAAGUGGGGGAACCAUCACAGGGAAGGUUUAGGUUUUAUGGGAUGUGUGAAAUCUGCUGUGAAAGGAAGGAAAGUACUGGGAUGUUCAGAAAUGAGGGCUGCAGGCACUCGGUCUGCACUGACUGCAUAAGUAAACACGUAGAAGUUAAGAUUGAAAGCAACUCCGGCAUGAUUCUAUGCCCGGGUAUGGACUGCAGAGGUGUGCUAGAUCCGGAGCGCUGCAGGGGAUUCUUGCCCAAAACGGUCGUGGAGAGGUGGGAAAAGGCAAUAAUCGAGACACUGAUUCUUGAUUCGGAGAAAUUCUACUGCCCUUUCAAGGACUGCUCAGCCAUGUUGCUGAAUGACAAUGCAGAAGCAGUGAUGAUGAUGAGAGAGUCUGAGUGUCCUCAUUGCCGGAGACUCUUCUGUGUACAGUGUCGUGUGCCAUGGCAUUCGGGGAUGGAAUGCAGGGAAGUCCAGAGGCUAAAUGCAGAUGAAAGAGGAAGGGAAGAUAUGCUGCUGAAGAAGCUUGCCGAGGAAAAGAAAUGGAAGAGAUGCCCCCAAUGCAAAUUCUACGUAGAAAAAAUUGAAGGCUGUGUGCACUUGACCUGCAGAUGUGGAUUCGAAUUCUGCUAUCGAUGUGGAGGAAAAUGGUCAGUGAACCAUGGCACAUGUCAACUCUGGCGAUAGAACUUCAAGGAUCUUCUACAACUUUUGCAUCCUUCAUUUUACUCAAUUUGAAUUUCAGUUGGUAGGUUUUGCAUUUUGGUGGGAUAAUUUGUUGGCAGAGUAUUUAAUUCAAAAUGGGACUACUAUCAUCUAUCAAAGUAGUGAUUGAGUUGAACUUUGAAGAUGUGAUAUCUACUCCAAUGAUAGAAGAAAAUUUUGGUUACAUGAUGCCAAUGUGUUAGGGGCAUGCUGUUUUUUCUUUAAAUUGAAAAUGGUCUAUGUGGUGUGGA